AUGUCUACAAGUUUGGUGAAAUUAGAAAUGAUUUUAGGAAUAGUCAGGGAAGAAAAUGGGAGUUCAGAAAGUGUGGCUGUUGCUGAUGCAAACAGAGCUAUUGAACUGGAUCCAGCAAUGGCCAAGGGCCCAAGGCAUAUCUACGUAAAGGGUAAGAAUCUUCUUAACAUUGUUAAGGCUGCUUUGGAAACGGAUGCUUCUUUGGCAUCGGGAGAUUCAAGAUUCAUAAAUCUUAUCAAUGAAUGUAAUGACAAAAUUGCAGAUGCAUCUGUUCUAAGAGGUACAGCAGAUCCAGACAAAUCAAUACUUGCAGGUGAAGAUGAAUCCAUUGCACCUACUGGAGCUGAAAAAGAUGAUGAAGUAAUGCCUGAUGGCCCUGAAUAA